CGCCAUUUCCAACACUACCAGCACACGAGCAACACUCUGUGAAGCCAAAAAACCCCAUUUCGAAGAUUAAUCUAUUUUCGGAAGCGAUUAAGAUAUAAUGAUGAAAUCGGAAGGAACCAGUGAGCAAUUAAAGUAUAAGGGUGUGAGGAAGAGAAAGUGGGGAAAAUAUGUGUCUGAAAUUCGAUUGCCCAAUAGCAGGGAGAGAAUUUGGUUGGGUUCUUACGAGACGGCGGAGAUGGCGGCGCGUGCAUUCGAUGCGGCGCUGUUGUGUCUGCGUGGCAGUAAUGCUAAGUUCAAUUUCCCGGAUAACCCACCGCCACCGGAGAUAAUCAGAGGGACUUCGAUGACACCUACGGAAAUCCAGGCGGCGGCAUCCCAGUUUGCCCGCUCAGAACCAGGGAAUGUUCAUCCGGGUCGGGUUGAGACUUCGAAUCCCCAAUCGUAUUCUUCUUCUGAUGUACAUGCAGAGUCCCCUUCUCCCUCAGUUUCGGGUAGGGCAAUGCAUAUUGAUAAUGAAAUGACUGAAUUACCCCAUGAAAAUGCAUUUAUGGACCCCUUUUUGAAUAUGGGAACAGGGAAUGAUGUUUCUAAAUUUGUCAUAAAGUGGACUGAUUUUCUUUUUUCAAGGCCAUCUAGUUCGAAUAUUUAG